CGUUUCGAGUCAAAGACGGCCCAAGGAGGCCUAAAACGCAGCUCGAAGCCCACUUACGAUUUCUUAACUAAAAGUCCAUAAGUCGUAUGACGGUUUAUGCUUGGUUCGUAAGGAAAGAUAAAUGUCAAGUUUAUGCGGAUAAAUGUGAAGUUUUCGAAGAUGAUCACGAAGAUCGGGAAAACAUAAUAUCUCCAUUUUUAAGCUAUGACGGCUUAAGGGCAUAAGGGGAAAAGCGUAAACCGACCUAGGAGUGAGUAUAUAAGGAGUCCUAGGCGAGAGGCAGAGAUGAGAACUUUUUCACAGCAAACUUAGCAUUUAGAGAAAUUAGGCAACUUUCAGUUUUUAUUAUUUCGAGCUGCGACUCAACUAGGUUUUGCAGUCUUAGGUUGUUAGAACUAGGGAUCUCGCCGACAGCUCUCGUAGCUGAGGCUUCUACCUUGUUAUAACGCUCAUACGCGAAUUUGGAAUAAGACACAUUUUGCUCUUUUUACGAUUUCUUAUUUUAUUAUCGUUCUCGUUUCGUGUUCUGAUUGCUUGCCGUGUGGUAUUAGCAGAUAUCCGGGACCUCUGAGAAACUAGGGUUCUCCUACUUUCCUAAUUUAAACGGAAAUCGCCAUUGCGAAUUUUGGUUCCAACAUUACGUAUAGUUUCUUUCCUUCACCAUAACAUUAACAGUUCAAACAAAACUACGAUUCAAAAUCCAAUUCUAAACUGGGAAUUUACCUAAAUUGUUACCUCGUCCUCGUCCUCGUCCUCGUCCUCCUCGUCCCCAUCCUUAUCUCCUUCAACUACACUUUCCAAUUCCUUAACCUCAAGGACAUCAUCCUCACCAUCAUUCACCUCUCCAGAGCCAAAUGUCACCGCAAUUCCACGACGACAUUUAUCGGCUCCGAAAGGACUCCAUUUGUAACCGUUGCUGGCUCCUCCGGCGUCUUCCUCCCCGGUCUCCGUCAUCUCGAGAUUCACUCUGUUGAAAUGGAAAUACCGAAUAUACUAGUGUUUCCAGUGUCGAUUCAUACACAAAGCCACCAAGAAAGGGAAUCCCCCAAGAAAGAGACGCAAUUUCGAAAUGAAAAACAAUUUUUUUCCGAGUCCGUUAAAUCCGAAAUGGGAAUCCGAAUUAGGGUUAGGUCUGCCCCGGGUGGAAUCGGUCGGGCCUGAAUCGGUAUGGAUUUCCUUCUGUUUAAAAAUGAUUUAUGGUUUAGGUUUAAGUUUGGAUCGCGGUUUGAAUGGUAUGUAUUAGGUUUGAUUGAAAUCCAGUACAACCAGACAUAAUUCGUAAAUAACUCAACUUUCUUACCUAAAUGAUAUCUCAAUUAAAUAAAGGAAAAUAAAGGAAACAUUUAAUAACAUGUCCGGGGGCAGGGUAGCCGUUACCCCCAAUAUUGCACUCAAUGUGAAUUUGUAGAACACAUUGUAUGGGAUACAGUGCCAUCCCCAUAAAUUUAGUGGCCUAAUGGAUAGGACGGCACUGAUGGGAUGGAAAUAAGAACUAGCUGCGUAAGCAUUUACAACGUGUCAACACAGAAAAAGACAGAAUUCGAACUCAAUUCACAACUCAUAACCCUGUAGGACUAAAUGGAUCAUGAAGUUAAGUUCCUAUAACAGUCUUCUUGAUUCAAUCGCAGAAAAGAACUGUUAUAAAGUUUGUUAAUCUUCAAUGUGCUUUCAAUCUCUUGCCUACCAGUAAGAAGUUACCUUCUUCAGGACAGUAGCCUUCUAAAAUGCUAAAAGGGAACCCGCUUUGUCACUCAGAAGGUGACUCUUCACAGCCUCGACGGCGAUGUUUUGUGAAACCCACUAUUAUCCCUUAUAUAUUAAAAGAGAAGCAUUACAACAUUUGAAUUAGUCAUGUGUCAUCACUACAAUGAGUCUUAGAAUCCUUAGAAAAUUAUGUUGGUCCAUCUAAAUAUAUAAUAAUUUUUUUAUUAAACUAACCAUAAAUUCGUAAUUAAUGUUUUUCAUUCUUUUCUUAAAUAAAAAUUACGUAAUUUCCUAAUGUGGCUAAAGUAUAUAUGAAAUUUAAUGAUUUUUAAUAAUAAAAAUUUGAUAAAAAUUAGUGUAUUCUCUAGCAUAUUUGUUUACUUUAAAUUAACAAAAUAAAUUAAACAACUACAUUAACCAUAUAAUAAAAAUUUUAAAUUUUCUGUAUAUGUUAUAUUUAGAUUUUUUUUAAAACGACUAUAAAUUACUAAAAUUAUUAAAAGUCCUACAUUCAAAUUUUUGAGAUCCAUGGUUUAAAGGUUUUUGUUAUGAUAAUAUAAAUGAUUAAAAAAUCAUAUAAGUAAGAAGUUUCGUUUAAUAAAUAUAUAAAUAUUUUAAUUUCGAAAUUUGCUUUGAACAAAUAUUUUGGUAAAAGUUAUUGAACAAAAAUUAACAACUUAAUAUUUAAAUUUUAAACUUAGCUUUGAAUUUUUUUUUAAAUUUACUAAAACUAUUAAUCACAGAAUUUUGUUAUCAGUUAUUUAAAGUUUUUGUUAUAAAAAUACACAAAUGAUAAAAUAACCAUAUGAGUAGAAAGCAUCAUUUAAUAUAUAUCAAUACUAAAAGAAAAAUUUAUGUGUAGACAUACUUUUCCUUAGACACAUAACACGUUGGCAUACCUUGGCCAUGUGCAGUACUUUUCCUUGCUCUACUGUCUUAAUUGCCUCUAGAACCAAAACCAGCCUGGUUACUCAUUAAAAACACACCAAAGUAAUUUUUCAUUGGUAUUUUAGUUACACAUUAAAAAAACGCAUCACUUUCUCGGGACCACACCUCUUUCACCCGAAGGCUUCUCUUUCACACGGAAAUAGCGGACAUCACCUUCGUUGGUGAGUAAGACAGGAGGUGUCCUUAUCCCCGUUGCGAGUUCUAGAGUUGUUGGUGACCAGUAGCUUAAUGCUACACUUCCAAGGUUCCCCUCUAAGCUGAACUCCUUCAUUAUGUUAUGCUCCAACUGGCUCAGCGUAAUACCAUCAUGGAACGGGACCAUACGGGACAUUUGCUGGUUGUCUAUGACAAAAUCUCACUUUCCUUCGACGCCACAGACCCACUCGCCAGCUAUGACCAUGCAAUGGUUGUCCAUCUCUUAACCACAAGUUCAAACCUACAAACAAAAACCGCAAACCGGAAAAACUAAUCAAAAUAGGCUUCAGUAGAGCGCUUUUUGUGAAUUCAUCAGACCGGAGAAGCUUACCAAAAUUUCUGUGCAAUUUAUGCUUGGUGUUCUUUGCAGGAGCGGAACAAGCGUAGAAGACGAGCAAUUAAUGCAUACACGCUUUUGGUAUGGGUUCAUCGUACUAACUUUCGUCCCAACCCAUUGGAUUCGUUUUAAAAUACAUAGAUCUAACAGUGAAAAAAUUGUCCCACUGUUCAAUAAACCUACCAAUUAAGAGGUUCACCAAUUAAUGGCAACCGAGACAGCAAAGUAUUAUUUACUUUCCUCCUUUUACCGUAACCAGAACUUUCAUCUAAUUUGUGAGAAAGUGCAUUAAGGUAACACAACAAUGUGAGAGAAGGCCUAGAAGUACACAUUGGAAAGUAACCCAACAUGAUAAAGGCCACACACAAAGUAACCCAAUAUGUAAACAACUCAUACUAAAAAUACAAACUAUAUAUAUAUAUAUACUAACGUCGAUUAAAUUUAAUUAUAUACAAUAUAAAAUAGAAAAGGUAAUUGUUUGGCUUAGUGAAAUUUAUUUAUGUGUUCACGCCAAUUUAAUUAUAUAUGUAAUAGUUACUGACAUUUUAAUUAUUUAAUAUAAACUUAUUAUUUUAUAAAUAUCUAAAAGAACAUAUGAUACAUAAAAAAUAUUAUAUAUAAUGUUCAUUAACCUAGUUGUUCAUUAUUUUUGGCAGCCAUUCAAAUUAUUGGUGGCUUCAAAUUGACCUCGCAUAUACAUGCUUAUAACCUCCAUAUAUAGUUUCUGUUUUAUCUCAUUCCCCCAAUUGUUUGCAGGCGUUUUAAAACGGAAAAUUGCUGCAUCUGAAUCUGGGUUUUCAAAAAGUGAUUAGGAGGACAUUUCUCUAGACAUUCUAAAGAUCAGAGCUUUUGAUUUCCUUUCUUAUCUCCAAUUCAUAUUGCAAGAUAGGGCAUCGCUUCAUUGAUAUGGUUCAGCCAUGUUAGCUGUUUAUCCCUCGGGUGCUAUCAACAAAUUCCACAUUCCUUUUAGCUUCACUGCCACUUCGCGCGGAUACAGAACCACGCCUUUUGGUUAUUUGAUUAGUAGUUGUUCUGUCUUCUCGGGAUCAAGAUUUCCUUGGUACAAUGUGGAGUGUUACCACUUAUCUUUCUCUCCACAUGGUCAAACUCAUCACCGAAAGAGAUGGAUGUUUUAUUGUUCACGCAACAACUCCGAUGAAGAGUACCGUUCAUCACGCAACAUAGCUAUAAGUCUUUUAAAACGUUACAGGACCGUGAUUGAACGCGGUCAAGGCGAAACCUUAAAAGAAUUCAUCUCUGCUGGUGUGAACGCAUACGCGCUCGGUUGUACAGAUGAAGAUUUGAGAAAAGAACUUAUGGCUAUGAAAGAAUCAGGUUUAGAGAUCGAACGAGUCGAGAGUUACCAGGUCCAAGGAAGUACACAAACCAAGUCCAAGAUUUUGCUGUCCGAGGUAGAUCAAUGUAUAUUGUGGCUUAGAAUUGUAUUCAUCACAAUCUUAUGUACGCCACAACACACGAUCGUGAGAUGGUCAUCGACUCCUUCGGUUUCAGAAGAAACUCUAAGCAAAUGGAGAGGCUUUUGCGCGGUUAUAGCCAAUGCAUACUAUAUUAGGGGAAUGGCAUGGCUUCCGGUGAAGACUCUUCAGUUGGAGCAGAUGGCAGUGAUGGGACAAGCAGAGGAUCCAUCAGUUGUGGCUAGCCGAAUGCGACUGGUCUUUAGCACUCUCGAGGUUGUGAGUCCACAGUGGCCACGGGUUUGAGCGCAUUAAAAGGAAAGAGUAUUUAAUUAUGUUAUUACAUUUCUUCGAUACAGUCAUACAGAGCUGGGUUUGUACACUUACAUUAAAAUAACCAUUGCUGGAUAAAUCCACUCAGAAAUAGGGAUUACGUUUGCGUGACCUGUCUAAGGAAUUAUCUAAGAGUGGAAAAUCUAAGUGAUGAUUAACUAUGGAAAGUGUAUGAUUAAUCAUGAGGCCAAGAACAAUCAAUGAA